GUACAGCACUGGGCACAAUGGCAGCGCUCAGUCAGAAGAAAUCAUGUGGACAAUAUAUGGACGAAUUCAAGGAGUUUAUGUGGAACCCAAGGACCCGAGAAUUCAUGGGCAGGACUGGAACAAGCUGGGUGCUGAUUGUCACCUUCUACAUAGUGUUUUACGCCUUCCUCACAGCCAUCUUCACACUCAGUAUGUGGGUGAUGUUACAGACUAUCGAUGAAUAUACACCGACAUAUGAAGACCGACUCACCAACCCAGGGCUAAUGAUUCGGCCCAAGUUGAGCACUCUGGACAUUGAAAUCAUUCCACAGAACUCCUCCAGCUGGCAGUCAUACGUUGAUGGACUCAAUUCUGUGCUAAAAGACUACAAUAGCACAAUACAAGAACAGAGAGGAACCAACUGUACCAGCGGCGUCUACUUCAAGCAGGAUGACACCGACGUGCGCAAUUACCCCAAGAAGGCUUGUCAGUUUGUACGGGACAAUCUGCAGGACUGUUCUGGGAUUGGAAAUGACACAACAUAUGGAUAUUCCUAUGGAACCCCGUGUGUGCUCAUCAAAAUGAACAAGGUUAUAAAUUUCCUGCCUGUACCUAUAAGUAGUCUGUCUAAUACCUCCAUUACCAUCAAUUGCAGCGCAGUGAAAGAAGCCAAUGAUAACCUCCUGGGGAACCGCGUCUACUUCCCUAGCACCGCCAACAACCUAGGAUCCCUGGAUCUGAUGUACUUUCCAUACUACGGGAACAGAGCUCAGCAAAAUUACACCCAGCCGUUUGUAGCUGUAAAGUUCCUGAAUGUUACACGUAACAUGGUCCAUACGGUACAGUGCGUCAUCAACGCCGGCAACAUCAUAACCACCGACACCAGAGACCUGUUCCAAGGACGCGUCAUCUUCACACUGAAAGUCUCCUCAUAGGUCUCACCCGUCAUAUCUGUAUAUUGCCAGCUCCCGGCCAGUGGGGAGAUGUACUAAGCUGUGAUAAGUGGAGGAGUGAGACAGCCUGCUCUCUAUAUACUAUAUAUACUUUGAUAGUAUGCAAAUUAUGACUGAUACUCCAAUGCUGAUUGGUUGAUAUGAGCCACUUCUCCACUCUUAUCACUGCUUAGUACAUCUCUCCCUUAGGGAUCUAUUUACUAAGCC